AUGAGGAUGAGGACGAUUCGAAACUCUUGGCAGUUUUGGUCGCGGUUCCCCCCAAGUCCUCGACGUCUCGCACCUCCGACUCAGCCUCGGGGCUUCGAGCUCUCGCACGAACUGUUCCAGCGACUCCGGCAAGCGAUUUAUACUACGGAGUCUAAGAAGACAGCUCAGACGAGGUAUUACCUGACAUCAUCGUCUCCGCACCACUCCCGGCUCGGAAGGACAAGAAGAUUUGGACCGGCAUACUUGCGAGCUCUCUCGGCGGAACGCAAAACAACGAACUGUCGAACACGACGCGCGAAGCACUUUUCUCAAGCAAAAUCCUCACGACUGCAGAGCACAACGAGCUCAGUCUCAGGCCGCUCGUUCCUCGCAAGCAGAAAUCCGAAUGGAAUUUGUAAGCAGACUUGCUGUCAUGCUCGAGCCCCCAAGGUUCUAGCUACAGAGGCGUGUCGAAGCUGCUUGCUGCGCUGCGUUUUGCUUCGUCCUGGGAUCGACCUAACUCUUAUUGGUGAGAUCUAUCUACAGAAGCAUGACUGGGGUCCACGCAGAUAUGAACGCUGUCUCGCUGUCGUCGAGCGACCUUACGGUGACGCGCUUUCGUCUACUCAUCAUCAACAUCCGUCGGAGGUGGCAGUGGGGAUCGAAUGA